AUGGGGAGUGGUGCCCACGAUUGUGAGGUGGUUGUGUCUGGCAAAUGCUGAGGCUAGAGAGUCAAGUCCAUGAAGUUUAUGCAUACCUUGAAGAUAAACAGUGGAGACCCUGUAAACUACUGCAUCGAUACAUCCAGGCUCCACAUCCUUCUCAGGCAGGGUGUGCUGGUAUCAAAGAAAAGAUCAUGCUGCCUUGAGACCCCCAAGAAGCCCCUGCCAGACCGUGUCAGCACUUUGGAACCCAAAAGGGAGAUCUUGCCCACCGCCCCAAUCUCAGAGCAGAAAGGUGGCAAACCAGAACAGCCAGCCAUGCCUCGGCCAGUUUUUACAGCCCAGGGGGUUUGUUGGCACCUGGAAUGAGAAGCUUGACUACAUCCAGUGGAAGUGUCUUAAUAAGAUGAUAAAAGACCAGUGCUUAAGGUCGAGGAAUGAGUGAAAUGAAUGAAAAGCAAAAGUGGGCAUUUUUCCAGGGUGGCUCAAGUCAGAUGUGGGAGCCUGGAGUCAAAAAAGGUUGAGAGCCACUGUCCGAGUAUGAUACAUCAUAAAUAGCAUUAGCCACCUUGAGCCCUAAGGCAGGAUGUCAUCUUGCUGCUGCAGAUGUGCAGUUCCAGUGUCCCUCCUGCUGUCCAUGACUUUUCCAUACAGCAACAGCAGCCAAUGCCAAGUACAACUGACAGUGCUCUGAUCCGUUUUCUGGCUGGUGUUCAGAACCCCGUGGGGCAGGAAAAUGGUCAAGAGUCAGUCCAAGCUCUGAUACAUUUGCAUAAUGCCUCCUCUGUCAUUACCACUUCGACAUGAUUUCACUUGAUAUAUCACACUAGAACUCUUCCAUGCUUGAUUAAGUCUUGUCUUUUUCCAAGUUCCCUCACAGGGGUGCUAUUGAGAUGCUGAUGGAAAUCCUUUUCAAACUUUAUUAGGACACUUGCAGAGGUUCCUGGUAGUUUUGUGGGUAGGUUAGUGAUUCAGUACAAGGAUUACUGUGCUCUGCAAAACCAGAUUCAGCUUCAUAGCUGUAAGCCAGAGGUGUAACAUGCUAUUUUGAUGUCCUGGGCAGAGGGGAGUUGGGGUGGGCUGGCAGGGGGGAGAUUUGCUGAGCACAGGUGGAUAGGGGCAGAGGGACCAGGCAGAAUCCUACCUGCAGGGCCAUGGACUCAUCCAGGGGCUGUUCUCAGCAUUGGCUUGCCUGGUGGGCGAGCCUGUUACCUCUGGCCUUGCAGGAGCUCCUUUCUCAGCCUCACUCCCACGUCCCUUGUGUGGCUGACAGCUGCUGCAUUUACAGUUGCUGUCAACUUCUAUGUAGGACGUGGCCAGGUGCUAAGCACAUUCCCCAUUCUGGUGCCCCUCUGGCUGCAUUCCAGCACACCUGUUAGGCAGUGUCUGGGGAGCAUUCCCCCAGUUGCCUACCUGGUUAUGCUGCUGCGUGGAGCAAUUGGGUGGCAGCUACUUGGUGCAGGGGGCAGGCAGGGGACCCACCACUUCCGAGCAGCUCCCCCCAUCCCCUGCACCCUCACAGCCCCCCACUCCUGUCCCCUCCACCCCCAGUCCCUACUUAUCUGGGACAUAGCCCAGGUCCAGGUCACGCUUCAGGCUGCACAGGUCCACUUUGCCCUGCAUGGGGAGGCAGCGUGCUGAAGCACCAGGGCAAGGGGCAGCUGUAGAGAUGCUCUGGCCAGCUACCAGAGUGUCUCUUUGGAAGACUCCAGCCUCUGGUUGCUUAAGAGCAUGCUACAGAAGUGUGUCUUGCCCCACUUUUUUCAAUGGGGUUUUUUUUUAUACCUGGAUUUCUAGGUAUCAAAUUUAGAGCACACUGUGCAAAUAUACAGCACAGGGAACAUUUUUUGUUCCCAGCAUGCCUUUUGCAGCAUCUCAAACUACUUUGAGACGCUGCAAGAGGCAGAUACACACUCAUCUGGACUGGUCUAAUUUGUUUCUGAGUUGCGCUGUCAGUCAAUGUUGUUCUUUUAGACUACAGUCAGGAAUCAUUUCAAGGGAGAUGUGUACGUCCUUCUGGUUUUACUGCCAGCCUAAUUAAAAAGGACAGGGUAGUUGAUACCUGUUUUGGUCAGGUUUUGGAGAAGUGGUUCAAGGAAAACUGGUUGUGUCCAGGAAUAAAUGAUGAAUUGAAAUUGCCUUGCAGUACUGCUUGUUCUGAAAAGCAAAGCUGCCAGACAGUGUGUACUUGCUGUCUUUAAAAUGCAAGAGCCAAACAAUAGCUAAAAUGUCAAUCUUAGUUUUGCUCCAACUUCUUUUAUUUUGCAUUUAUGAUUAGGCCAAAGCUCAAGCAGAACAUAACUUUGAACUGUUUAAGGCUAAUGCUCUCAGAGUGCGUACUACAAGGAAAAUGUACGAUCAUCUUCUGUCAUCAGUGCUACAAACAUGUGUAAUUCCAUGCCUGAAAGUUAAAGGGAAGGCUUGUAAAUAAGCACUUAUUCCUGCAAAGUUCCGUUAAGGUUCCUGCAAUGAUACAAAUCACAUUUGACCUUCAGAUGCCAGCUUAGCUGCCAGUGUGGUUUUUGCAUCCAGUCUAGUCCACCAUAGUUUGAGGUUUCUGCACUUACACUGGUUAUUCCUUCACAUGCUGUGACAACAGCAACAUGAGAGGAAAGCUUCUGUGUCUGAAUAUUGAGCCAUUUUCAUUGCCUUCAAAGCAGCCAAAUAAUGCUUUCAUUGAUGCAGUAAUUGAUAUCAAACACAGGAAGUUUAGCUGCAGACUGUUUCCUGGUAGUGAAUAGGCCUCUUGGAAUUCAGGGCAUUGCCAGUCAGAGGCUGAUCAUUUUGCAUUCUGUACUGGAGAAGAGAAGGUACCAUGGUAUGAUGUGAUUGCCAUCUGUGGUCUGCAUUUCAAGUCUUGCAUACAAAAGUCUCUACUGAUGUUUCUCCCUAAAAGUGUGCCUUCUCCCCCACAAUUAUACUUGCAACAGUGAUCAUUUCUCCUUAAGCACCAACAAGGUUUUCUCCAUGGUGGAUGAAUGGGUGAAAACCUUCCCCCAGUAUUACCACUGCCAUCUGGGAUACCUUCCUUUUUACCCUGCACUAACUUAUUGUCUGGCCUCUCUUCAAUUCCUUCUCAAGACCCAUAUAUUACCCUAUUAUGUGACUUGUAAGCCAAGCCUCAUAUGGAAGAGUCAAAUUCUGUUUACUGCUGUUCUAAGAUUCAUGCCCCAUCUUUAUCAGUGUUGAUGCCCCUGCAUGGAUUAUACUAUUAAGAGUCACUUCCUUAGUAGUUUAGGCAAGCAGUAAUAGAAACCAUCAGAAAGUCCCAGUGGUACAGAAUUCCAGCACCUUUUAUGACAGGGCAGGCAAAACUGUUGCCUAGUGGGUCUUUAAUGGUUGCAGAGGAAGUCUUUAAAAUUUUCCCAGAGAGUGUCCUAGAAAGUAAAAACCCUGAAUUUAGUACUUACAUGCAUGAUGACUUACUUCUCUGUUCUGACUCUUGAAUAACAGAGGUUGGCAAUACUGCUGGACACAGGCGUCUUCAGGUUGUCACCUCUAUGAUAUCUUCAGUCCAUAGUUCCUUCUUUUCUGGUGCAAGACACUUAAAUUUCUAUUGAAUGGCAGCUUGGAAAGUGCCAGUGGUGCACUUGCUUUGUUCCAUUUGUGUUUCAGUGCAGGGUGUUCAGUACUUGCAGUACAGAAUAGCAUACUACGCCCCCUUUAUUUUAGAUGGUUAUUCCCCUGCUUCUCCUUGAGAUGAUGCUUAGGGACUUGCCCACCCCUGGAGUUUGAACCUCUAGUUGCCUUUGGUCAUGUGUUGCUGAGUGCUUAGUGCUCUCAGUGAACUGUUCUGGUUUGUAAUCUGGUCAUAUUGUCUUUCCCAUGGAUUUCUUAAGUGGCUCUGCCUGCUGUAUUUUUAUCUCUGAUGACUUAGGAGAAAAAAUAAUUAUUCAGACAUUGCAAGGAGAGAUUAUUGACUCAAUGUCAUCUGGGGUAGCUGAGCCAUGAGGAUGACUUUUAGGAAUAACUGAGAUUUGUGACUGGCCUCGUUGAGUAAGAGGUUGAAGAUGAGAGGGAGGAGAACAUUGUGUGUGUGUUUCUGCACGUGAAUAUGAAAGGUUGUUUGUGAUGCAUCUCAAAACUAAAUGCUCUUCACCAAAAGACUGGCAUGCAAGCUCUUGUAUAAAAAAGCUGUCUCACAGGGAUUAAUUUAUGUCAAUACAGGAUAUGGAAUAUUGUUUGUCCUCUUCUGUCUCUUCCAUGUGAAGUUGUUCAGGCAAAUGUUGAACAUGGCUUUUGAAUUCCCCUGGCAAUACUCCCAGAUUGCUUAGUGUUACUGAAAUAAGAUCUUUUAUACAGUUACUUCUUGUUUUUUCAUGUGAUUCUGAGAAGGUAGGUUUCUUUUCAGUCACUGGAAUCUCUGUCUACAAUGCAGGUGAUUUCAUGGCAGCCCAUGGAAAUUGAUUUGAAUUAUGAUCAGUCUCAGAGUCCUCUGAAUGAUUAGUAUUGUAAAUAGCAAGGCAACAUUCCUGUUGUCUAUAAAGACGCUGUAUCUGUGCAAAAGUCUUUUUUAUUGGGAAGACCUUUGCAGCUCAAAUGUGUUAUUUCUCUUCCAGUUUUGCUCUUUCCUUCUGACAAGCAGAAAUUCGCUCCCUAACAUCCUCCUCUCUUCUCUCUCUUGUCUUGUAGCUCUGUGUUUUUGAAAGCAUCAGGGAGAAAUGGCCCCUUAGCCCUUAUCCCCUUAGCCAGGCAUAGAGAAAAGGUAAGGGGCUUGGGUUGUAGCGUUUAAUGUCUUUCAUGUGAGAGUUCUACCCUUUCCAGUGCUUUGUCAAACAAUGAAAUGUCGUUCUGUACUGGGAUUUAUGGGUCUUGGUCCUCUUUCAUUUUUAGGAUCUCCCUUUCUCUCCCUGGCUUCUCUUUUUGCUUCUGUUGCAAUGGAGCACUUGCCAGCAGCUGGGAGAGAAGGGGUUGGAGGUCUUGUUGAAAGUCAUCAUGAAUUGGCUUCCAAGGCUUUAAACGGGUAGUCAGAACUCUGAGAGUGGUCAUAUUGCCACCAGCCCGCGAUGGAUCGCAGAGUGAGAUAUUAGCAUUCUGCAAUGCCUUUGGGGCUCAGCUGGUGCAUGAUCUUUCCUCUGCAACCAGUCUAUCCCCAGCUCAUUCUUCCAGUUGAGGUGGGCUCUUUGCUUGUUAGGGACUAGUGUUCUCUCCAGGAGAGCUCAGUCCCCUGUGUUUCUGUUGAGAUAGUAAGUGACUUUGCUGAGGCCAUCUUAUUGUUCUGUGUUGGUUUAGUGAAAUGAUCUGUGCUAGUUCCUUGGGCUAUGACAAGGGCUCCCUGGUGUUAUGUUAGGACAAAGAAUGACAACUCAAGGACCAGUUGUGGUAGUGUUUUGCAACUUGGAUGCUCAUCCUCCAGAAGCUAAUUAGAUGUGCAACAAAAACGCUGCACAUGGGUCACUGCUUAACAAAUGGCUUCAGCUUUACAAACUGAAGUGUGAUUUGACCUGUUGACCUGAGAUGAAAGGCUUCUGAUAGAACUGCCAGUCCCUGAACUGUCUCUAUCUUCACUCUUCCUGCCUGUGGCUAAAACAGAACGUACAGGGUCAGAUCAGCCAAGAUACUUUUUCAUUCCAAGGAGUCAUUUGGGAAUCUCUUUCGUUAGUUGUACCUGGGAAGAAAUGAGAGAUCAUAAUUUACAUUACAUACCUACCAGUCCCUGCCACAUAGUGCCUACUGGCUAACUGCUGUGGUACUAAGUGUUACGCAAAUUGCACCAAGUCGAUCUUGACAGGUUUGCAAACUGACAAAGGUCAGUGUGACAAGUUCAUGCCCAGGGAGGCCGCAGAUGGGUGUUGGGCAUGCCUGCCCACCUGGUCAUGACACAUCUUUCCCUUCUCACCUGCCACAACUUUACUGUCUCUCUUAUAUAGAAUGUUUAAUUAUGGGGAAGUGGUACCUGUGUUUCUUUGGCAGUCUUGGUACAGUCAAGUUUGUGUAGAGCUUCUGUGGGGCUCCUCCACUACACCCCACUCCUUUCCACUCAGGUGUUACUGUUGGACCCUGAUGAUGUGUUAGGUUCCUAUUGGGUUCUUUUCUCCUCUAGGUGUUUGGUGAGGUUUGGAUCCUCCAGAAUGGUGCCUGUGUCUCUGUUUCAUGAAUUACAAUAAAACAGGUAACAAAACUUAAAUCGCUCAAGUUCGUUGGCCGGGCAGGGCAGGGAUGCCUUGGCAUUCUGAGCUACCCCCUUCCUGGGAUAUUGACCUCAGUCCUGGGUGCCCUGGGCACCACUUCUGUCCCCUGGGCUCAGCUCCCUGUGCCUGCUGGGUCAGUUGCUCCUAAUCAGUGGGCUCUCCAUGCCUGUUUCUGGCAGGGUAUUGUAUGGCUUAGCCUAACCCAGCGACCUUGCACAGGGCUUGCAUUCUGACUGGCCACUUUCUGGGGCACUUCUAGCCUGUGGACUUCCCUGUUGAUCCUGUGGUGUCAGAGAGCCAUCUUUGUACGACUCCUCCAGCUGUUCUUCUGCCCAGCUUCUCCAUGCUGCCCACUUGCUUCCCUGCCUGAUCUACCCUGUGUGUGGUCCUUGGUGUGGGCAGUGUCCUGGCAGUGUCCGGUGUAGGGUGUUUCUUGGCUCCAAUGGUGGGGGGAACACACGACUCUUCUGGAGUUCUGAUACAUUCCCUCUUCUUUUCUUCUGGCCUGUCCUUUAGCCCUUUUCUCUCGUGCUCCAGGCCAGUCAGCAUUUCAAUUCCAGCAAGUGUGGUGCUGGCCAGCCAUGUUACAGCCCAGUUGCCUGGGUUCAGGCUGAUUCAGAGUACGUGGAAGGGCGGGUCCUCUGGUGGGGGUGGGUGUCUCUCUUCUUCCCUGGAGCUGGGGUUACCACCUGCUGGCUGGUAAGUUGGUGGCUUGGGUGGGGUCCUGUGGGUGGCGUCCUGUCACAGUCAAUUUAAGCCCUUUGUUUUGACUUUGCAAGAAGUUUGUUUCUACAAAAAAAGAGAGCAAUAGAAACAUUCAUAAUAAAUUUUCUUAGGUCAAUAAUAUUAUAGAUUAUUUUUAAGGAGAUAGCACUCUGUGGCACAUUUCAUCCAAAACCUGGAGCUUGUAACUCACAUGAGUAGAAUUUGAAGGUAGGAAGGGAACUUGCCCAGUUUAUCUUUAUUUCGCCAAAUGAGUGAUGUGCACAAAGCAUCAAUAAUGAGAAGUAACUUUAGAUGGUCAAAAGUCUUAGUUUUUAGUUUUAAUGCUUUAAGUCACAUGUUAGUACUGUAGGUCAAGGAAGCUCAUUUUGGAACCUGACAAAGUUAACAAAAUGUCAUAAAGCAGAUGGCUUCCUCUAUGAUUGCAAUGUUCUGUGGACAGUUGAAAAUGAGACAAACAGGGGGAGGUAAGAUCCAAUCUUUCUUUGAAAGGGAAUUGCAUUUACUAAGCCAAGCACUAGGGCUCACCUGAGUGGUGUAGCCUAUAUUAUACAUCACUGGUUGACAGUAAAUGCUGCUUCUUAGACUCUCAGACUCCUUGCAGAUAUGCAAAUGGUAUAGAUAGCUGGUUUUACCUACAGUAGGCCUUUGUUUACCAGCCUUCCCUUUGAAAUUCUGAGCUCCUGGUUUUGAAACAAGCUCUCUAGAUAAUACAAGAUUAUGCUAAAUUAUUAUUGUCCUUUUGAAUUUAGAUCUGGGUUUCCUUACAUUGGACCUGCUUGCACAGGACCAGGGAGAUUUUUUUUCAGGGCCUUUGGUGUUUCUGUAAGGGAGGAGAAAAUUUCUGGUCUUGUGGCUGCCUUUCUUAGUAUCAUGUACUUUAUUUUCAUGAUUGAUGGUAACGCUCUAUAAUUGGGAAGCUUUUGAGCAAAUGACAUCUUUUCUUUCUCAUUCAUUCCCAUGAUGUCUGAUGAUUUGGUCAGUAUUUACCAAACAGCUGUGCAUUGUAAUGGAUGGUAUUAAAGGACAAAGAGAUCUGACUUCUGAUCUAAGACUGUUGUUUCACCUUCAGAAUAGCAGAAAGGGAACUGCCCGUGGGAGGAUCUGACCAAGGGGUGAGCAGUGUCCUAUUACAGCUGAGUUGCAUCAGUUUGUCUCCUGACUUCCAAAUGGGGCCUAUUAAAUAAGGGUGGGAGUAGCCCCUGCCCAGAGCUAAGGUUUGUAUAGCACCCUGAAGCACUGUCUGUUCUUGGGAAAAUGCUCUGUUUAAGAACAAUUCCACUUCAGCAAACAUUCAAGUGGAUUUUUUUCCCCUUACUUUUCUCCCAUGCUAUGAGAGCAGUUUUGUCUUUGAGGCGUUCAUCCAGUCUUGUGGCUUGCUCAGUUCUAUUGGCAGCCUUACCUUCUAGGGUUGAUAUUGAAACAAUGGAGAUGGGAAGGUAUAUGAGACGAUGUACCCUGCUGCUUGAUACCCAUGUAUUCAUAACUUUGUUCUACUGUCAACAUAAGCCAUGUGUUUCACAAUCUCCAUAGUCAACCCCUGGUUGGCUGUGUUCAUUUGUUUAUUUUCCUCUAACUGCAUGGCAAUGCCCUGUCCCUCAACUUCUGUGGCAGUUGCUAUCACUGGGCACAUCUACAUGUGCCUUAAGGAACUUUUUCUAAUGCACAUUAAAUUUAGUACCUCUAAUGUGAGGUACUAAAUAAAUGCUCAUUAAGCUGCCUUAAUGUGCAGUAACGUGUGCGCACAGUUUUUAAGUGACACAAUAUACAAUAUUGGAAACUCAAAACUAGGUAGCAAGCUAGAUUAAUAAUGUCACACAAGUGAGAAUUGCAAUUAUGAUAAUAUGCAAGUCCUUCAGCAGGAAGGGCACAGACCUACAAUAUUCCAUAUAGUGUCUGUAGUAUCUUUGUGUGACUAAAUAAUGGGAAGACUGGAAGAGUGUUUUUAGAUAGGACGUGGGUGGUGAGGGUGGAUAUAAGCUGCGGUCAAAGAACAGUUCCAGGUACUACCACACUAUACAGAAAGUGGCAAAGAGGCUAGUGGAAAAGAAGGAAACACUGGGGAUACUGAGGGUUAUGGAUUGGGAAGAGUGAAGGGGUGGACAAUAGGAGCAGAGUAAGUUAGGAGCCCAAUUUUGCCAAAGGUCGGUUGAAGAGAAAAACAAAACAAUAUACCCACAGGGACACAUCCCCUUUAUCAGAGGUGUCAAGCUUAUAGCCCAUGAGCUGGAUCCGGCCCAUGGAACCAUUCCACCCAGCCCACUGUGGGCUACUGAAAUGCAGUGGAGCAGAAUCUGGGAUCCCUGGAUCCCAAUGGACAUAACUAGCAAUAGCAGCCUCCCCGCUCCGUGCUACUGUCUGAAUGCAGCUCUGUACAUCCACACAUCCCUGGUUCUCUGCCACUGCCCAGCCAGAGCUCCCUGGUUCUCUGCCAGUGCCCAGCCAGGCAGGCAGUGUGGAGACCAGCCCUACAGGUAAGUGUAUAGGGGGAAGGGGAAUGGGGGGAGCAGUCGAGGCCCCCACGAUGAGAGAGCAAGUAGGGCAGAGGCAGGGGCUGGGGGCGCUGGCCAGCCAGGGCAGUGCAUGGGACCCAAGCCUGCAUCUGCCUUCACCCCGCUUAGCUCUGCUCUGCUCUGGCUGGGGGCCCAGGAGCAGGGACAUGUGUCACCCCACCACCAGCCUGGCUGGGUCCACCCAACCUCCCCCGUGGGGCAUGGAGGCCCACCCUGCCCUUGGCAGCGGCAGCACCAGGAGAAGAAGAGGCCCCUCCCCCCGCUGGAGCCCAAGGCCCCAAUAAAUACUCUGUACAGGAGGGAUCGCAUAGAUAAAAGGGGUGGGGGUGUAGCUCUCUAUGUUAAGGAAAGCUACACGUCCCUGCAAGCCGAUAUUGGUGACCAGGGUGGACGACUGGAGACCCUCUGGGUUAAAAUCCGUGGGGAACACGGCACAGGGGACACAAUGGUGGGAGUCUACUACAGACCUCCCACCCAAAGUCCUGAGCUUGACCAGGAGUUUGCCCGGGAACUGGCUGAGGCAGCUUGCUCCAGGACCAUGGUUGUCAUGGGUGACUUCAAUUACCCAGACAUCUCGUGGGAGGAUCACUCAGCAAAAUCUGAGCAGUCACAAAGAUUCCUAUCAUGCGUGGAUGACCUCUACCUGACUCAAGAAGUCUAUGGGCCAACGAGAGGCAAAGCGCUGCUCGACCUGGUGCUGGCUACUGGGGAUGACCUAGUCGGCAACCUAGUGAUCGAUGGGAAGCUGGGUGACAGCGACCACGAGCUGAUCACCUUCACCAUCCGCCGAAAAGCUGGCAAGUCAGUCAGCAACACGGAAGUCCUUGACUUCAGAAAAGCUGACUUUGACAAGCUCAGGAGGCUUGUCAGUGAGGCCCUAAAGGACCAUGACCACAGGGAGAGGGGAGUUCAAGAAGAGUGGUUGCUCCUCAAGGGAGCGAUCCUCAAUGUACAAACUAAGUCUAUUCCAUCUUGGAGGAAAGGCAGCAAGAGGGCACAGCAGCCCCCCUGGCUCUCCAGGGACCUAGUAGACCUCCUCAGGCUAAAAAGAAAGGCCUACAAAGGAUGGAGGAUGGGAGUCACCUCCAAGGAGGAUUAUUCUGCACUGGUCCGGUCCUGUAGGGAGCAGACCAGGAAAGCCAAGGCUGCAACUGAACUCCAACUAGCUUUGAGCAUCAAGGACAAUAAAAAGUCCUUUUUCAGAUAUGUGGGGAGCCGGAGGAAAAGCAGGGGCAACAUUGGACUCCUGCUGAACCAGAUGGGGCAACUGACAACUGACGCCCAGGAAAAAGCAACCUAUUAAAUAGGUACUUUGCGUCGGUCUUUCAUCAGUCCCUACGGGACAGGGAAGUCCGGGUGAGGGUGAUCCCCUGCCCUCCAUUAAUGCUGACUUCGUGAAGGAACAUCUUAAGAAGCUGGAUACCUUCAAGUCAGCCGGCCCUGACAAUCUUCACCCCAGGGUACUCAAGGAGCUGGCGAGCAGCAUAGCCCAGCCUCUAGCACGGAUCUUUGAAAACUCUUGGCGCUCUGGUGUAGUGCCCGAAGACUGGAAGAAGGCCAAUGUGGUGCCUGUCUUCAAGAAAGGGAGGAAAGUGGAUCUGGCUAACUAUAGUCCCAUUAGCCUGACUUCUAUCCCGGGGAAGAUCUUAGAAAAGUUUAUUAAAGAGGCCAUCCUUAAUGGACUGGCCGACGCCAACAUCUUAAGGGAUAGCCAGCACGGGUUUGUUGCGGGUAGGUCUUGCUUGACCAAUCUCAUUUCCUUCUACGACCAGGUGACCUAUCACCUGGACAAGGGAGAAGAGAUUGAUGUCAUAUAUCUUGACUUCAAAAAAGCCUUCGAUCUGGUGUCCCAUGAUCACCUCUUGGUGAAACUGGCCAAUUGUCGCCUUGGGUCCUCCACGAUCCACUGGCUGGAAAAUUGGCUUCGUGGUUGGACCCAGAGGGUAGUAAUUGAUGGAAGUCACUCAUCAUGGUGCCCUGUGACCAGUGGAGUCCCUCAAGGCUCUGUCCUUGGACCCAUAUUGUUCAACAUCUUCAUUAAUGAUGUGGACACUGGAGUCAGAAGCGGACUGGCCAAGUUCGCCGAUGACACCAGACUUUGGGGCAAAGCAUCCACACCAGAAGACAGGGGGGUGAUCCAGGCUGACCUGGACAGGCUCAGCAAGUGGGCGGAUGAGAAUCUGAUAAUGUUCAACGCCGAUAAAUGCAAGGUUCUCCACCUUGGGAAGAAAAACCUGCAGCAUCCUUAUAGGCUCGGCAGUGUUAUGUUGGCUAGCACUAUGGAAGAAAGAGACUUGGGGGUCAUCAUUGACCACAAGAUGAACAUGAGCCUGCAAUGUGAUGCUGCGGCUAGUAAAGCGACCAAAACGCUGGCUUGCAUCCAUAGAUGCUUCUCAAGCAAAUCCUGGGACGUCAUUCUCCCCUUGUACUCAGCCUUGGUGAGGCUGCAGCUGGAGUACUGCAUCCAGUUUUGGGCUUCACAAUUCAAAAAGGAUGUGGAGAAGCUUGAGAGAGUGCAGAGAAGAGCCACGCGCAUGAUCAGAGGUCAGGGAAGCAGACACUACGAUGACAGGCUGAGAGCCCUGGGGCUCUUUAGCCUGGAAAAGCGCAGGCUCAGGGGUGAUCUGAUGGUCACCUAUAAGUUUAUCAGGGGUGACCAUCAGUAUCUGGGGAAACGUUUGUUUACCAGAUCGCCCCUAGGGAUGACGACUAGGUCGAACGGUCAUAAACUACUACAAGACCGUUUCAGACUGGACAUAAGGAAGAAUUUCUUUACUGUCCGAGCCCCCAAGGUCUGGAGCAGCCUGCCACCGGAGGUGGUUCAAGCGCCUACAUUGAACACCUUCAAGAUGAAACUGGAUGCUUAUCUUGCUGGGAUCCUGUGACCCCAGCUGACUUCCUGCCCUUUGGGCAGGGGGCUGGACUCGAUGAUCUUCCGAGGUCCCUUCCAGCCCUAAUGUCUAUGAAAUCUAUGAAAUCUUAAUCUACCACUGUACUUGUUUUCGGUUAUGCAGCUGCUCAAAUUUUUCCAGACUACUCUGCUUAAUGUCAGGCAAAAAAGCAUUACAUUUUCUCAUUGUCUCCUGAUUCCACAGCUCCUUGUUCUUUGUUUGAGGCGGCAAGUCAUUCACUGCUACUUCCAUCUCUUCUGAUGUGUGUAAUAUUUGUUGGGUGCUGCAACUCUUGACACCAGCCCACCUUGGCAAGCACUGUUUAGAGCUCAGCUUUUCCUACUCUGUUGCUAUGCCCUGGUGCAUACGUGGCUUGGAGGUUUUUUCCUUUGUAUUGUCCACAUGAUUCCAUUAGGUUUUUACUGUUGCAAUAAAAAUGGGCGAACUUUAAAACUAAACUGCUCCUCAUUAUGACUCUAAUUUUAAAUAUGAGGGCACUUCAGACCUGCUCUACUGCCUAAGGAUAUUUGAUCCAGUAACUACUGGUACUGAUUACAGAUGUGUCAGAACUUUAUCCUUUAUGUUCCCUGACAAAAUCAUUUUUGGCUUCUUCAUAAUGUGACACUCAUCCUGGAGAUGGAUGUCUGUGUGGUCAUGGGGUAGAGGCCAGAUAUGGAGGGUGAGGAAGGAAGAUAUGGGAAAGACAAACUAAAUUCUGUCAGGACAGUUUAUAUUAAUUAUCAAGAAAUUGCUGAGUGACUUAAUGUAUUAGCAAACAGCUUUCAACUUGGCUUCAUCCCCAUUUGAUGGUCUGCAUCUCAAAGCCACUGCACGUGAUUUGGCAUAAAUAGCAGCUGUUGAGAUCACAUCAGAAAGGUCUACAGCUGGAGUUGGCAGUGCUGUAGCAGUACCUUUUGAACUCUGUAGUGAUGCUUCCAUGUAGUUUAUCUGCAGAUGCCCUAUAGUCCUAUAAAUGCUUCGUGUAUGUGAGCAAUUUCCCUUAAACUCAAUGGGAUGACUCUCAUAACAUCUCUCGCAUGCUAUGUUUGCAGGAUUUACGCGCAACUCACAAACAGCCCAUAUAGCUCGAGGAAUCAUGCAAAAUUUAACUAUACUGCAGACACUUAAAUUACCCUUAAUUAAAAAAACCCCAAACCCUUAAAUUUAAAAAAAAGCAAUCCUUGGUCUUUAAUAGCUGGUGCUUCUGACCCACUGGUUGGGUGUGCACAACUGUGUGGGCACAAGUUCUAAGUCUCUUAGUUAAUAAACUCAUUUUCUGUUCAGCCUUCUUUAAACACUAAAGGUACAAAGACAGUUUUUUCUUUGAUGUUAAAACUUUUUAACUACAAACAAAUGAAGGUCAUUCAAGAGGGAAAUGCCUGUUCUUUUUAAGAGAAAGAUCUUGCUAAUAUUUGCCAAAUACAUAUUUUUGAUAAUUUGAAACUGGGGACCAUCAGGAAAUAAAAAACCCUUUGUAUCUUUUUUUUGGAAUGUGAAGGUUUAAAUAUCAAUAUUUAAAAUGUAUUUUGAACACUUUUUGAUUGUAAGAAAUUAAAUCAAUAUUGAAAGUCGUGCUUGACAUAGUUUUGCCAGGGCAUUUUGCUACAUAGAAAGAAGUUAUCAUUAACAGUAUUUAGUUUGGGGUUGGCUUAAAGGAAAGCAGACAGUGCUCAUCAGAAAGGGCAGCUCUUUAAAGCUAAGUACAUACAGUCAAAAAAGCCUGAGGCUGAAUCAUUUCAAUCUUUUCAGGCUAGUCUAAGCUGCUUCAUUUGAAUCUAUAAGCAAGUGAACAGACAUUCACUUUUGAUUCCAGAAAUGCAGCCACAGGACUGCAGUGGUCCAGGCCAGAAGUCAGGAAACACUAGCACACACCUCCCUGCUUGGCUGGAGCAGAUAGCUUGGGCCAAGGCUAGUCUGCCUACUCUGUGAGAGGGGUUUGCAGGGGAGAUGCAAAGCAUCCUGGGAUGCUGGAGGACUGUGCAUUAACAUGAAUCUGGAGGGGAUCUGGGACAGUAGUUCCAUAAACUAAUUUAACUUAAAUCAGUUAAGUCUGCUACUACAUCUAGGUUUGUGUUAAACUGUUUUUGGCGUUUUGAAAGUGGUUUAGAUGUAUGGAACUUCUGUUGUGUUACAGAUUUGAACUGGUUUCUGAUCACUUAUAAUGGUUUAUGUUUAAUUUCUGUCCCUAGCCUAAAAGAGCUACAAGUUUUUGUAUAAGUCACUUUUGCAGAGAUUAAAUGCUAAAAUAUAUAUAAAAGUCAAGGGUGCCAAUGUCAUCCUGAACUUAAAUAGCUCAGGUCCUGAUCUAUGGUCCUAGUAGUAGCUGAACCCUUUACAGCACUGGUUUCCAUUGGGAAGAGGCUCUAGUCAUGCAGAUCCAGGACUGGGACCUGUUAUCUGCACAGUGUCUGACUAAAUGAUGCUGAUUUUGGUUUAUGCAACAGUGAGAAAACUAGAGUAUUCCCCUAUCUCUGCUGUGUAUGGAACCUAGUCAGCACUGUCCUAUCUCUUCUACUUCCUAUGAGCCUGCACUUGUAGCUCCCUAUCAUUUUCAGGGAAGUUUAUGCCAAAAAAAUUGGCAAGGCUCUUUUGGCAUGAAAUAGAAUUCUGCCCGCACACUUUAAGAACAAGUUUCUUUUUUGCUCAGUGAGUGCAUGCAUACUGAAGAUAGUAAUCUCAUUAGCUACAUGUGCAAUAAGAGCAGGUCAGAGCAGACUCAAUUCAUUGAGCUUGUUGGAAUAUGUCCAUUACCAUGUUCCAGCAGCCUUGGCAUCUCAUGUGUUCAGCUUCCCAGCACUUCUAAAUGGUGGCAGGGGUGCUUUAACUAAAGGGCAUUGAAUGAGCUUUAGUUAAAGCACCCCCCGCUGCCUUUUUGAAGCACAGGGCACUGAACACGAGUGGCUGCAGGCGCUUUAGUUAGAGUGGCUCCUGAGGGCACCCUCCCCCCCACCCCGCCACCUGGAGAACAUGUAGGGACACCCUAGGUGUUCAAACUAUAUAUUAUAUUUAUGACUCUUUUGGGUAAAACAAAAAUAAAAAUAAAACACAUUUAUAGAAACUUGGCUUAUUCUUCAUACUCUGGUCAAUCUCCCAUUAUUUUGCCUAUCAUUUGAAACCAAUGAAAGCUAUGAAGAUUUGUCUUUGUAUAUCAUCUGCUAGCUAAUUCACACAGAUUGGAGUGGGUUUUAUCAAGCAAACUUAAUAGUUGUGCUUUUUUCCGUAAAUGUUGUGGAAUAUGAAUUUGUAUCCUUGACUUGAGUUGCUGGUAUGUUUCUGUUCUCCUUUUUCAUAUAUCUCUGUAUACACAUAUUCUGUGCAUUGUUUACUACAAAACUAGUAUUGAUGAAAACACUUUGAGGUAAAAAAAUCAUUGUAAUGCUCGUUAACUAUUAGUGUGCAUAUUUGUUACAACACUGUUUCUUUACCUCAGUUAAUUUAAAGGAAUGGAAAAAAAUGUAUUAAAAGAUUACUUAUUUAUCUAGAA